GGCAUCGUGAACUCCAGCCUCCGGAACUUUGAUGGGUUGAUAGAAACUUACGAACAUGUGAUGGCCAACCACAGCCUCCCGGUGGAGGUCUUCAGUCGUUUGGAAGGAGUUGAGCCUCAAGUAAGUGACAUGUGUGCCGCAAGUAAGUGACGUGUGUGCCGCAAGUAAGUGGCAUGUGUGCCGCAAGUAAGUAGCAUGUGUGCCGCAAGUGAGUGGCAUGUGUUGAUGAAGGCGCAGCAGGAAUGAGAUGAGAAUCUGUUGUAGUGUGAAUUGUUACAUUUCGUUGUUUUUAUUUCCUGACCCUUGUUUAUCAAAUCGGCAUUGCCAAUCAAAGAUUAAUAAGUGCUUCGUAAAUUUCUGGGGAGUGGUCAUUGUUUGCGGUUGUUCUGAAUAGUACUUGUGCACUCGUUCUGAUUAUUACUUGUGCACUUGUUCUGAUUAGUACUUGUGCACUUGUUCUGAUAGUAUUUAAGCACCUGUUCUGAUUAAUAGUUGUGCACUUGUUCUGAUUAGUACGUGUGCACUUGUUCUGAUUAGUUCUUGUGCACUUGUUCUGAUUAGUAUUUGUGCACUUGUUCUGAUUAGUACUUGUGCACUUGUUAUGAUUAGUACGUGUGCACUUGUUCUGAUUAGUACGUGUGCACUUGUUCUGAUUAGUACGUGUGCACUUGUUCUGAUUAGUACUUAAGCACCUGUUCUGAUUAGUACUUAAGCACCUGUUCUGAUUAGUACUUGUGUACUUGUUCUGAUUAGUACUUGUGCAUUUGUUCUAAUUAGUAAGUGUACAAUUUUUCUGCUUAAUACGUGUACACCUUUUCUGCUUAGUACUUGUACACCUGUUCUGCUUUGUACUAGUACUUUUGUUCUUCUUGGUACUGGAAUCGAUUAAAGGUGAAGGUUAAACAUCUGUAAUGCUUCAAGUUCUAAAGUGAAAGACUUUGUAAAAGGUUUUACAGUAUACGGCUUUUGUGUAAGCUACCACUCAAUCUGAGUGGUCAACUAUGGUUUCAGUGGAGCGUGACCACUUGCUUCGAUUGUUGUAGAACACGUAGAAUCCUUAUGGAAAUUGAAAAAACAUGGGGUAGAGGGCGUGGAGAUGAGUUAAUGUUGUAUUUUUUAAAACCAACAAUUUUACUGUUAUAAAAGUGGGCAUCUUGGCCCACAACAACCACACCCACCACACCAACCACACCAAACACUCCCACCACACCAAGCACAACCACCACACCAUCCACAACCACCACGCCAACCACACCCACCACACACACACUACCAAUCACACCAACCACAUCCACCAUGCCAACCACACCCACCAUACCAACCACGCCCACAACACCCACCACACCCACCACACCCACCACACUAAGCACACCUACCACACCAAGCACACCCACCACACCAAGCACACCCACCACACCAAGCACACCCACCACACCAGACACACCCACCCCACCCACCACACCAACCACACCCACAACACCCACCACACCCAACACACCCACUACACCACGCACACAAACCACACGAACCACACCGACCACACCAAGCACAACCACCACACCCACCACACUAACCACACUAACCACACUAACCACACCCACCACAACAACCACGCCCAUCACACCAACCACGCCCACCCCACACACCACACACACCACACCAAGCACACCCACCACACCCACCCCCACCACACCACCCCACCAACCAUCCCAACCACACCCAACACACCCGACACACCCAACACACCCACAACCACCACACCAACCACACUCACCUCCACUACACCACGCACACCACCCACACGAACCACACCGACCACACCAACCACAACCACCACACCCACCACACCAACCACACCAACCACACCAACCACACCCACCACAACAACCACGCCUAUCACACCAACCACGCCCACCCCACACACCACACACACCACACCAAGCACAUCCACCACACCCACCACCACCACACCACCACACCAACCAUACCAACCACACCCAACACACCCGACACACCCAACACACCCACAACCACCACACUAACCACACUAACCACACCCACAACAACAACCACGCCCAUUACACCAACCACACCCACCCCACCCACCACACCAACCACACCCACAACACCCACCACACCAACCACACCAACCGCACCAACCACACCCACUACACUAACCACACUAGCCCCACCCACCACAACAACCACGCCCAUCACACCAAUCACGCCCCCAAAAAGUAAAUAUUUUUUUAUCAAAUGGAAAAUAACCGCUAAAUUAAUGGUGUGUGGAUUGUCCCUACUCUUUCGCAGGACAUAAUUCCAAAGCAGCUCCUGUGCAUGGCGUUUAACCAGUCAGAAGACGGUCGAUACGUUGGUGGCUACACUAGGAGCAGCCUGCUGGACAUCGCUGGCUUGCUUGGGGAGCUUUUGGGAAUCGCCACCGAGGUUUACGAGCUUGGGAACGUUACCCCUGACCUCAAUACACGAGCCCAGGUGUGUAGUAAGAUAGGCUGGGUAAAAGAGUGGAAAGCGUCUUUGAGGUGACUCUCCUCAUAGCCAGCUUUAAAAAAAAAAAAUUACUAGUUCACCGUCAUCUGCACGGUAGAGAAAGGUUCAGAUGGUGAGACUAGGCUAAGUAUGUAAAGUAAAUAUAAGAAAUGUUCAGAUGGUGAGACUAGGCUAAGUAUGUAUAGAAAAUAUAAGAAAGGUUCAGAUGAUGAGGCUAGGCUAAGUAUGUAUAGAAAAUAUAAGAAAUGUUCAGAUGGUGAGAGUAGGCUAAGUAUGUAUAGAAAAUAUAAGAAAGGUUCAGAUGGUGAAGUAGGCUAAGUAUGUAUAGAAAAUAUAAGAAAUGUUCAGAUGGUGAGAGUAGGCUAAGUAUGUAUAGAAAAUAUAAGAAAUGUUCAGAUGGUGAGAGUAGGCUAAGUAUGUAUAGAAAAUAUAAGAAAGGUUCAGAUGGUGAGAGUAGGCUAAGUAUGUAUAGAAAAUAUAAGAAAUGUUCAGAUGGUGAGAGUAGGCUAAGUAUGUAUAGAAAAUAUAAGAAAGGUUCAGAUGAUGAGAGUAGGCUAAGUAUGUAUAGAAAAUAUAAGAAAUGUUCAGAUGGUGAGACUAGGCUAAGUAUGUAUAGAAAAUAUAAGAAAGGUUCAGAUGAUGAGAGUAGGCUAAGUAUGUAUAGAAAAUAUAAGAAAGGUUCAGAUGAUGAGAGUAGGCCAAGUAUGUAUAGAAAAUAUAAGAAAUGUUCAGAUGGUGAGAGUAGGCUAAGUAUGUAUAGAAAAUAUAAGAAAUGUUCAGAUGGUGAGACUAGGCUAAGUAUGUAUAGAAAAUAUAAGAAAGGUUCAGAUGAUGAGAGUAGGCUAAGUAUGUAUAGAAAAUAUAAGAAAUGUUCAGAUGAUGAGAGUAGGCCAAGUAUGUAUAGAAAAUAUAAGAAAUGUUCAGAUGGUGAGGCUAGGCUAAGUAUGUAUAGAAAAUAUACGACAAUUUAUGGGAAUAAAUUAGAUGCUUAUUUUUUUAAAGAGUAAACAGUUCUUAUCAAUCAAUGUGGUGUUAUUUUCCACAUGACUCACUGUGUUAAUUGGCAACAAUGGUUUAGACAAACAACUGGGAACAGAUCUACGUCAUGCUUAAAUCGUUUUGUUUUUACUGUUUAUUUACCUUAACCAAAAAUAUUUUAUUUAUUUAUUUUUUAAAUAAUUUUGUUCUUGCAUUUCACCUAAUAUCAAAGAUCACCUAUCAAUCUCACCGAGCACGGUAAUCCAACAUUUCUAGAAAAAUCUCAAUCACGGCUGCUCUCCCAAACAGUAAACUUACAGAAUUAGUCAAGCUCUCCCUUAAUUCUCCAUCUUGUUGGUGCAUCCUAGGGUUUGAUCGCCCAAUACAAACAAGCCUGCAUAACCUACUUGCUCCAACGAGACAACUUCUACAACGACGUUAUCCAGCGGCCAAUCUCCCAGCUCAAAACCAAACAGGGCAGCCUAAAAGCCUCGAAACUUCAAUGCGACGACAAAUUUGUCAGCCUCCAGUCAACGCUGACCAACACGCAGAGCAGUAUUCGCUCGAAGAUGCCUGAAACUCUUCGGUCCUACACACAGAUCAGCGCCCUCCUGAAGGACUACCUGGGCUACUUCAACGUCUCAAAGUUUCAAAUAGCCGAGGUGUUUACAAGCGAACACGGCAAAAUGGUGUCCUUGAUGGGGGAGAUCAACCAGUCGCUCGUUUCAAACUUUGAGGAAAUGAAAUCAAACGCCGUCGGCAUUAAAAAUUGCUUUUCUCUCAACCAUGACGAGAUUGUCCACGAUGAGACCUUGAAAGUUGAAUACCAGGCGAGAGGUCGUGAGUUCGGCGUAAAGCAAAGUGAUUUCUUGCAGUUUAAGGAGGAUGCGAUGAGGCUUCUUGAUGACCUGGAAAGUUUGGUGGGUCUUGAAGAACCGGUGACGGAACUUCAAUUAUUGGUUGAGGUGAUUCUGAAAGACGCAAAUCAGUUCACUGAAAAGGCUGUCAUCAAGCUACCCUUUUUCCGGUAAUUAGAAUAUACUAGUCACUUUUUAACUGACCGGUCAAAUUAUAAUUUAAUUAGCAAGUCAUUUUGAAUAGAGUAGCCAUUUUGAAAAGGCAUGCCAUUUCGAAUAGAUUAUUUAUUUUCACUAUGACUCAUUUGACUCAUUUGACGGAAAGGAGUACAUGAAGUUCUGAGUUAUUUUUUUCUAGCAAUAUUUAUACACAAUUUAUUCAAUAACUACAUUGCUGACGUUGUUAUCGUCACUGCUGCUUUCUUUUUUUAUUUGCUGUUUGUUUUUGGUGGGGUUGGUGGGGGUUCGGUGGCCGCGUGGGGGUUUAUUUCCCUUGUCUAAUCUUUUUAUACCGCGAAAGAUAAUAGUAGUUAAAAUUGUUCAGCCAUAUUCGUUGGUUUUUUUCCCAUAUACAAAGUCAAUCGGUUUGCCUAGAAUGAUGUUCAUAUUAAUUUGUUAAUAAAUUUCUCUUUUUCUUUAAAUAUAAUCCGAAUACUUUGCUCAUCUUUCCCUCUUCAAACCUGUGAACAAAGUCACGUCUCUUUGACCGUGAAGUCUGAACUAUCCUGUUACGAAAGUACUUCACUCUAUAACCGAGGUUGAUGUGUCUUUAUUAUAAUUGAGACAUCUCGGCGACUCUUUUUUUUUAGGAACUAAGAUGUGAUUGGUGCGAUUGAAAAAAAAAGUAAUAAUUCAGUUGUGAUUUGUUUUUCUGGGAAAUUUUAUCGCACAGGAAUUUUAUUUAUAUAAAAAACAUUCAAUUUGAGCCAUUUUUUUUUUUUUAAUUUUUUUUUUAAUUUUUUUUAACAACUUACGGUUCAUUUUUUUUCUUUUAAAUUUUGUGUCAAAGGAAUGAGACCCUAAACAACCCCAGGACAGCCAAGACUUAAGACUUAAUACAAGAUAUGUUCAAUCUGUCCACAGUGAAAACUUCAUCUUUGUAGACGUCUUCUUCUCUGAAAUCAGCUACACGAUAACAGAGCAACAGGUGGCUUAUGACAUCAUCAACCUGCUGAGUGAGUCGGUCUGGCUGUUUAUGCAUUAAACAUCCCUUGAAUGUUCCAUGGGCACGUCCUUUUGGUUAGACCAGUGUCGCAGCUCGAUACAUUUCAAAGGAAACAUAAAAGGGGAAGUGUCUGAUGCUGCACAAAAGGGGUACGUCUUUUGAGUCAGACGUCACCCAGCAGAAACAGGAAGAAAACGAGCGGAUAACUCUGAGUGCAUUUUUAGAAUUGCACAAAAUAUUUUCAAAAAUAUUCAAAAGUAAUUUAUUUACUUUGUUUUGAGACAGGGUUUGUUUGUUGAUGUUUUUUUUGUUGUUGUUUUGUUGGGUUUUUUUUUUGUGACUGGUACUAAUAGUCGCAGCCUAACAGUAAAUUCAAAAUUUACACCACCACCCCCCACUGGUUUGUUUGUUGAUGUUUUUUUUGUUGUUGUUUUGUUGGGUUUUUUUUUUGUGACGGGUACGAAUAGUCGCAGCCUAACAGUAAAUUCAAAAUUUACACCACCACCCCCCACCCCCCCCCAAAAAAAAAAAACAACAACUGUUUUUACACCUUGUCAAUUUUUAUAAAUGUUUAUUAUGAUCGCAAUGAUGAAUUCAUUGCCAAUCUCCGAGAAUACAUUUCUUGCUCAGAUUUUCAAAGGACCUUUCACAUUGGAUUUCACCAUCUCAAACCUCUCUUUUUUAGCACGCUCAGAUACAGGGAAGUAGAAACCUUUGUCUGCCAUAAGUCAUCUCCAGAAGAAUAAGUAUCUUUCAAAUGGUGGUAAAAAUAAAAAUAAAAAUUUGAUCUUCAGAAAUUAAUCAAGUUCCUCUCUUUCUUUUUUUUCCAGGUGACAUUGGCGGAUCCAUGGGGCUUCUAAUAGGGGC